CAGGGCAUUCUUUAAUGAAGAAACGUUAGAGCUGCUUACCACACUGCAACACGGGAGAUUUUAGUGAAGAACAUGGCUUCCUCUUGGAAACUAAUCCUGUUUCUGUCAGUUGCUGGGUGUCUUUCAGAAAGUGUGGACUAUGGGCCAGUGUUUGUGCAAGAACCAGAUGAUAUAAUUUUCCCAACUGAUUCUGAUGAAAAGAAAGUAGCACUGAAUUGUGAAGUUCGUGGCAAUCCAGUCCCCAAUUACAGAUGGCUUCGAAAUGGAACAGAAAUUGAUUUGGAAAGUGAUUAUCGCUACAGUUUGAUCGACGGGACCUUCAUUAUAAGCAAUCCGAGUGAAGCAAGAGAUUCUGGCCAUUACCAGUGUUUAGCAGCCAACACAUUUGGAAGUAUUCUUAGUAGAGAGGCCAUACUUCAGUUUGCCUAUCUGGGGAAUUUUAGUGGCCGGACGAGAAGUGCAGUCUCUGUGAGGGAAGGCCAGGGGGUUGUUCUGCUGUGCUCGCCUCCGCCUCAUUCACCAGAGAUCAUCUAUAGCUGGGUAUUUAACGAGUUCCCUUCCUUUGUGGCGGAAGACAGUCGGCGGUUCAUUUCCCAGGAGACAGGCAACCUCUAUAUUUCUAAAGUCCAAGCAUCGGAUGUUGGCAGCUAUAUUUGUCUGGUGAAAAACACAGUGACGAAUGCCCGAGUACUUAGUCCUCCAACACCACUCACUCUACGUAAUGAUGGUGUGAUGGGAGAAUACGAGCCGAAAAUUGAGGUCCAUUUUCCUUUAACUGUUACGGCUGCUAAGGGAACAACUGUUAAGCUGGAGUGCUUUGCCCUUGGCAACCCAGUUCCCACAAUUACAUGGAUGAAGGUUAAUGGCUAUAUCCCUAGCAAGGCACGGCUGCGGAAAUCUCAGGCAGUGCUGGAAAUACCCAAUGUGCAGCUGGAUGAUGCAGGCGUAUAUGAGUGCAGAGCUGAAAACUCGCGUGGAAAAAAUUCCUUUCGUGGACAAUUACAAGUAUACACUUACCCACACUGGGUAGAAAAGCUCAAUGAUACUCAGUUGGACAGUGGGAGCCCUCUCCGCUGGGAAUGUAAGGCUACUGGGAAACCCAGGCCCACAUACCGCUGGCUGAAGAACGGAGUGCCCCUCUUAACUCAGAGUAAGGUUGAGAUGGUUAAUGGAGUACUGAUGAUCCACAGCGUGAAUCAGUCAGAUGCUGGAAUGUAUCAGUGUUUGGCUGAAAAUAAAUAUGGAGCCAUUUAUGCAAGUGCUGAGCUGAAAAUUCUAGCUUCAGCUCCCACUUUUGCACUGAAUCAGUUGAAGAAAGCAAUAAUUGUUACCAAAGGCCGGGAAGUCGUCAUAGAGUGCAAACCCCAAGGCUCUCCAAAACCAACCAUCUCUUGGAAGAAGGGAGACAAAGCAAUUAGAGAGAAUAAAAGAAUAGCUAUUCUUCCAGACGGGAAUCUGCGGAUCCUAAAUGCUUCUAAAUCAGAUGAGGGAAAGUACGUUUGCCGAGGGGAAAAUGUCUUUGGUUCUGCUGAAAUCAUAGCUUCAGUAUCUGUAAAAGAACCUACAAAAAUAGAACUUACUCCUAAAAGAACAGAGUUAACAGUGGGAGAAAGCAUUGUUCUUAACUGUAAAGCAAUCCAUGAUGCUAGUUUGGAUGUCACUUUCUACUGGACACUGAAAGGACAGCCUAUCGAUUUCGAAAAAGAAGGUGGACAUUUUGAAAGCAUCAGGGCCCAAGCAUCCUCUGCAGAUUUAAUGAUCAGGAACAUCCUUCUGAUGCAUGCUGGGAGAUAUGGCUGCAGGGUACAGACCACAGCAGACAGUGUGUCAGAUGAGGCAGAACUUCUUGUUAGGGGUCCCCCAGGCCCACCAGGGAUAGUGAUCGUUGAAGAGAUUACCGAAAACACAGCCACACUCUCCUGGAGUCCAGCAGCUGACAACCACAGCCCGAUCUCCUCCUACAACCUGCAGGCUCGCAGCCCAUUCUCCCUGGGCUGGCAAACAGUGAAAACAGUCCCAGAAAUCAUAACAGGGGACAUGGAGUCAGCCAUGGCGGUGGACUUGAACCCCUGGGUGGAAUAUGAAUUUAGAGUGGUUGCCACCAAUCCAAUUGGGACUGGAGAUCCAAGCACCCCAUCUCGAAUGAUCCGCACCAAUGAAGCAGUUCCAAAGACAGCACCCACCAACGUAAGUGGAAGAAGCGGAAGAAGGCAUGAGUUAGUCAUUGCCUGGGAGCCAGUAUCUGAAGAGUUUCAGAAUGGGGAAGGCUUUGGCUAUAUUGUGGCUUUCAGACCCAAUGGAACACGUGGGUGGAAGGAGAAAAUGGUGACAUCCUCUGAAGCUUCGAAGUUCAUUUAUCGAGAUGAAAGUGUCCCUCCUCUUACUCCCUUUGAAGUGAAAGUUGGUGUCUACAACAAUAAAGGGGAUGGACCUUUCAGUCAAAUUGUGGUCAUCUGCUCAGCUGAAGGAGAACCCAGUGCCGCUCCCACAGAUGUCAAAGCUACAAGUGUGUCCAUGUCAGAGAUUCUUAUUGCAUGGAAACAUCUGAAAGAGAGUCUAGGAAGACCACAGGGAUUUGAGGUUAGUUAUCGGAAAGACGAGGAACAAGAAGAUGCAGCAGAAACAGUCAAAACGAAGGGGAACGAGUCAUCUGUCACCCUGACAGGACUGGAAGGAAACACAUUAUAUCACUUCACAGUGAGGGCCUAUAAUGGAGCUGGAUAUGGGCCACCGAGCGGUGAAGUGAGCGCAACCACCAAGAAAUCCCCCCCUAGUCAAGCACCUGCCAACCUCAGGUGGGAGCAGCAAGGCUCUGAGCUUUCUCUGGGCUGGGAACCUGUCAGACCAUUAGCCAACGAAUCUGAAGUCAUGGGCUACAAGGUUUUUUAUAGGCAAGAGGGCCACAGCAACAGUCAAGUUAUUGAAACACAGAAACCUCAAGCAGUAGUACCUCUCCCCGAUGCUGGAGUCUAUAUCAUUGAAGUUCGAGCAUCUAGUGAAGGAGGGGAUGGAACGGCUAGUUCCCAAAUCAGGGUACCAUCAUAUUCAGGUGGAAAAAUCACUAGUGCUCAGUCAACCCUCCAUACUGUCUCCACAUCUUCAUCAUCAGUAACGUUGCUCUUGGCAUUGAUGAUUCCUUCAACUUCUUGGUGAAAACCGUAGACUUAAUUUGCUUUACUCUGAUAAUAGUGACGAAGAGUGUGCUAUAAGUGGAGACCCAGGACACUGGAAUGAGCUUUAAAAACUUGGGAUUAUACAUGAUGCACUUAUAGGAGGUUGGGGGAAAUAGUACUUAUCCACCAGGUUUUUCUUUGGUUUUUGUCAAUGGAGAGGACAGUUCUUGGUCCAAUAAAAAUAUGCAGGUUGUAUGUAAUGAUUUUUUAAAGCAAUGGUAAUUUCUGUCUAAUGUAUUCUUUACUUUUUUAACAUGUGGGAAUUUGAUUUUAUAUCUGAUAACCCUAAGUGUGUGCCAUCCAUUUGUUAAGUAAGUGGUUUCUAGCAGAUCUGUUUCAAACACAAAUACAAAACUGAGAAUGAAAACUUUGGUUAAGACGCUGAAUCUACUGUUUUUCCUUUUCCCUUUGGCUUAUAUUUCAAUUGACAACAUGACAGGAGAUAUGAAAACUACUUCAGUUGUGUGGGCCAUUAUAGGAUA